GUGCACGCGGAGUGACCUUUCCCUUGGGAUUUCUUAAUUUAUUUUUUCAGGGGAAAAAAUAAUCCACAGCUAUGAGUGAAGCACAACAAGAAGCCCGCUCUUACCUGAGCGAGGAGAUGAUUGCCGAGUUCAAGGCGGCCUUCGACAUGUUCGACACCGAUGGCGGCGGCGACAUCAGCACCAAGGAGUUGGGUACCGUCAUGAGGAUGCUGGGUCAGAACCCCACCAGAGAGGAGCUGGAUGAAAUCAUCGAGGAGGUUGAUGAAGACGGCAGUGGCACCAUUGACUUUGAGGAGUUCCUGGUCAUGAUGGUCAGACAGCUAAAGGAAGACCAGGCUGGCAAGAGUGAAGAAGAGUUGGCAGAAUGCUUCCGUGUGUUUGACAAGAAUGCUGAUGGCUACAUUGACAGAGAGGAGUUUGCCUUGAUCAUCCGCAGCACCGGGGAGAGUGUCACAGAGGAAGAAAUUGAUGAGCUCCUGAAGGAUGGAGACAAGAACGCAGACGGCAUGCUGGACUUUGACGAAUUUCUGAAGAUGAUGGAAAAUGUGCAGUAAAACAAAGACUGCAGGACUGUAUUCUUACUCCUUAUGACCCCUCCUGACCCACUCACCUCUUGUCUCUUGUUCUCCUCUUGCUCCAUUGGUGAUCCCCACAUCCUGACUCUUAGACAGCCAAAAAGACACCUGGCACAGGCCAACAAAGACUUCUUGAUGCUUCUUUGUUAAAAAACAUACAAGGUCCGCUGGCUGGUCAGUGGUUGCGCCCCAAGACCUGAAAAGCCAAACUGAGUGGAGGAGUUUACUGGAUGGCCACAAGAGGGCGCAGAUUGAAAGUAUAAAUGUAGAGUCGAUUUAUAUGUCUGGGCCCGUGCACCUCAAUGAAAUUUUAUCUUGAUCAAAAAUACUGUAUAACGUUUUAGACCAAUGAAAACACUCUCUUCUUCCUUACCAGUGACUACACACCAAUGCAAUCCACAAAAUAAAAGAAUAUUUAAAAAAUGAAGUUCAUGUUCACUUGGUUUGACAUUGUAAAGGCCUACAUAUUUUUUGAGGAAUGUCAUUAAAAUUAUUUUUUCUGUUUUUACAUAUUUUUUACCCCAAGGCAAUGUCUUUUUUAAAUGUUGUUUUUCUUGUUGAAGUUAUACUGAACUGUAAUUUACACUAUUUAUAAUUUCUCAUUGUUUUCUCCAUGAAAACCCCUAAAAGUAUUGCUGGAAGGUGGAAUUCUGGUAAGACUCAUGCAUAGUG